AUGCUUGACGUUGCACGACGAACCUACCUAGACACAAUUGAAAAGAUCCACGAAAUUGUACACGUGUACAAGGAAAACCUUGGAAUCCCCAUGCGGCUCAACUAUACAAGGGGGUAUCAUUUGGCCAUCCCCGUCAAUGUGAAAGAUUUACCUGCGAGCUUCAUCGAGAGGGUGGCGGCUAAAACAGUGAUCUGCUGCUCCACUAGAGCACUUGUUUCGCUGAACGUGAGGCUCAACGAAGCACUUACUGCCGUCUACAAGCUAUCGAAUGAUGUAAUCCAGCAGCUACUCGACAAAAUCCGCCCUCGAGCCUCAACCAUGCACGCGAUGGUCGAAAGCAUUGCACUGCUGGAUAUGCUGCUCAGCUUUGUGAACGUCGUAGCCCUCUCGCCACCAGAUCAGCCAUACACGCGGCCGACUGUCACCGAGCAUGGCAACAUGAUCAUAAAGAAGGGUCGACAUCCGCUCGUUGAGCGUGUUCUGAAAGACCAAGCGUACAUCCCAAGCAACUCCUUUUUCGAUCCCGUGAGCACCUUCCACAUUGUUACUGGCCCGAACUGCGCAGGAAAGUCGACAUACCUAAGGGCAACAGCAUUGAUAACAAUUAUGGCCCAAAUGGGGUGCUACGUUCCUGCUUCGAAAGCUAUCAUUCCGAUUCGGGAUCGAAUUUGUACUAGAUUCGGGACAUCGGAUGACAUGGAAGAGAAUGCCAGCACUUUUGCUGUCGAGAUGACCGAGACGGCUUUCAUCUUGGAAGCAAGCACGCCGAAAUCGCUGAUACUGAUCGAUGAACUGGGUCGAGGGACAUCCAACGACGAAGGUGCCGCGAUCGCAUGGAGUAUCGCCGAGGAAAUUAUCGACCGAGGGUCAUACACGUGCUUCGCGACUCAUUAUCACCAACUCAAUCGCCUUGCUCAGAUGUAUCCUCGCUGCCGGUGCUAUCACAUGGGGACUGAAUCAAACACGAGCUCUGUGAGCUUUCGUUACAUCUUAAAAGAUGGUCCAUUCCCAUCGACCGGCAUGUAUGGCAUCAAAACCGCAGCACUAUGUGGAUUGCCGGCAGAGUUGAUUCGUGAAGCAGAACGCACCUAUGAGAAGUUGCGAAGCGACCGUGAGGCUGCAGAAACCGCAACCAACCAAGACUCCGCAACCAAUGAUACCAGCAAGAUCAACAGAAAUCUGUUGCACCAUUUGUACGCGCUUCGAUACGCUGACCUGGACAAUGCUGGGCUUCGACGCCAACUCCAGUAUCUUCGCAACCGAUUUCUAGUCCCAGCAACAGAAAACGAGUAAAACAACUCGUUUCUCUCUCGAAGGUUUUACUUCAUUGCUCCUCGUCAGCAAAUACACAUUUCUUGGAACU